CGCAGCGCGCCGAGUCCCGAGAGUUGGGUCGGAUGCGCAUGCACGCGGGAAGCCCGACGGAGCUUCGCCUCUCUGCGCGCGGACCGUCGACGUGACGUCACCGGGCACAGAGUGGCACGGAGCGGCACAGAGCGUCGCCGCGGUUUCGCGCUGUAGCAUCGAAAGAUGAACAUUAUCGACAGCCCCGGCUCCUGAGUGCGCGAUUCCGAGUCGAGAGGGGAAAAUGCGCGCGUAGCCCCGUGCCGAGACGGUGAAGAAGCGAGAGCUGGGGAAGAACGCCAGACACGGACGGAGGGAGUGCCUCCCGAUUGGGCCGAUUGCUCGGUCGUCAGUCCGGUCGAUCCGAGCCGAGGCCGCGCGAGGCCCCCAACGGAAUGGGGUCGAUCGUGCUCAAGUCGCUCUCGGUGCUCCUUGGGAUAUUCUUCGUUUUCGUGGGCACCAUGAAGCUCACUUCCCACAUAAGCAAGGACCUCCACAAGGACCUGAGAAAGGAGUACGUCAAGUAUGCCAAAGUGUUCCCGCUCUCCGGGACGCUGGACUUUAAAGUCCCCAGCAAGUGGUACCGAAGGGUCGUCGGUUCCCUGGAGAUUAUUUGCGGACUUGCCAUGGCGAUUAUUCCGAGCCAUAAAAUAAAAAACGCAUCAAAUGCCGUUCUGUUGUUCUUGAUGCUCAUGGCCGUGUACUCUCAUUACAUGGUUAACGACAAGUUCGAGAGAAUUGCCCCAGCGUUGGUGUUCUUUUUUAUGUUAACGGGUCGUUUGGUGAUAGACUGGCAAUUAAGGCGUGAGGAUUCGCAACCAGUAACGGCGAAUGGUGUCGACGACAAAACUAAGAAGCAAGACUGAAUUAAAUCAUACGAUGAUGGCAAAACCCUGAGUCUUUUCCACGCUCAUACACGUAAAGAAAUCCAGCGAAGCCUCCGAAUUCUUGUAAUGCUACGUUGGCUUCGUUGAAGUCGGAUCGACGGUUCUUACGUACGUUUAUGAAGACCGACGGAAUGUGGCAGUUUUGCGAUUCCAGAAGCUCGGAUCAACUGUGAACGCGUUGUCAAAGAUCUAUACAAUGGAUUAAAGACACCCCAAGCCGAGGAAUGACAUUGGGCAGGAAUUUCCGAUACUACCGCGGGUGUCGAAGACUUCGCCCUUUGUAAGGAAUUGCGUAACUUCGAGGACCGAUGACGUCAUAAUCGUGAUUUAGACCUGUAAGCAUCUCGUUAGGCACAGUAGGGUACGAAAGAUAUUUAUUUAUUACAACUAACGACCGGAGGUUGUUCUUACGCUUAAAUUCGCAAUAUACUCGUAAGUAGAGAUCCUAAAUUUAACACCCUCGAUGGGGCGGACCGUGUCGCACAGGAUCAUGAUUAAUUGACAGCAGCUCCGUUGGCAGUCUGCUGGGAACCGAGGUUCACACUCGAGGUAAAUUAAUAUCAGCUUAAGCACAAUGUACUAACUGCCAAUUGACGAUAUGUGUUCUUAUCGAUAGAGAGUAUUAGGAUGAGACGUGUCCUUAGCGUAUCUAAGUACCCAUGUUAACUCGCACAGUGUGGUAAUUCAUUUUUCAAACGAACGCAGUCCAAAUCGAAUUGGCUGCUGUCAGUCGAUUUCGCACUGGCUUUGCAUAUACAUUUUUAAGAACAACUAGAUGCAAGGGUGUGAAGAAAUGUGUGGAUGUAUAGUAUCAAGAAUCAGUUCAAUGUUCGACCUCUCGGAAUUAAUUUUGUCUUAUUUCGAAUUGAUUCGCGAAUAUUUAAUGGAUUUCCGAAUAUCCGUGAAAUGAUAAGGGAUAUGUUAGAGCGGCUGCUUCCGGCCGAAUGACCGCACACACAAUAGGAAUGUUUGCUUCUCAACAUAGACAUAUCUAGAUGCUAUGAAUGACUCUCACACAUGUACAUACAUAUUUAUAGGAAAACAUGAAUAUCUAAAGAGACUUAAUAACCAACUACCUGUUAGCAACAUACGAAAAUUGUAAUUCAUGCACAAUAGCGACUAGAGUGAAAUAUGUAAAACGCAUCAAUAUUCCAACGCACCAUUUGAUUAUCGUCUUGUUAUUUUAUUCAGAUCGCAAUUAUUGUGAGAGAACGUUUUCGGUAUCGCAGAAUUUUUUGAGAUAGCACCUCGGAAAUGAAGAAAUUGGCCUUUUAAAAAUUGAAUAUGAAUGAAUCUCAGUAUCCGUAUUAGAUAAAAACAUUGAUUGCAAUGCCUAAACUGAAUCUAAUAAACUGCUGCCACAUUAGCAAUGUUAACUUAUUUUAAUCAGCAUAUGCUGCAAAUGAUAUCAAUGAAGGUGCAUCAUUAUUACGACAAAUCCAGUCCUAUACUAGUUUUAUAUUAUUUAUCAACAAAUAAUUUGUGUAUCCUGAGAUGAAAUGUAUCUUUGACACUAAGGGAAGAAAAAUAUACGUUAUUCUUGCCGCCACUGAUGUAAUUAGUUAUGAUAAUUACUAUCUGCUUUGAUAUAUAACGUAAGUAUCGCGUAUUCAAUUUCGUAGUUCCUUUGUAUUCGGAUUGAAUUAUAUUAACUCGAUAGCUGUCGUAAUAAUUAUUUCGUGUAUAAGUUUUCUAAUUAUCUUCGGAGCGGAUUAUACUAGCAAAUAAAUAAUGAUAUAUGCAGCUCCCGAAUAAUUAUAUAUGCAGCUUUUAUUUUAAAUUAUGCGAUAAAUUUAAUUUUGCAUAAUUCUUAUUAAUCUUAUUAAUUUGGACGAGACACACAACACAGCUCAACAAAAUGAAACGUAUUGUACAUCUAUUGUGAUAAUCGUGUCACACUCGAUAAGCAUGUCAUCGCAAGUAAAUUAUCAAAUAAGAAAAGAAAUGACAUUAGUGAUACCUGUUCACAUUGAUAGACUACUUUAUAUAAUUCAUAGUUAAAUGAUCGGUGUAAGAUAUACAAUUCUGUUCAAUGUCAAAGUAAGACUUACAAUAAAAAGAAUGUGUUAUGGUA